CUUCGGUCCUGUUCCACCUCUGACGUUGCGUUGAUUACCUUACAUAUACUAUCGUCCUCUCUGCUCUGUCAGCAACUCACUCCGGAAGAAAGCGAGACCGGGCGGGCCAUGGCAGCGCCAGGAAUCGGACUACGCUUUCGAACGCCAUACAUCGAGGAACUUCCCACCGGCCAGCAGCGACAAGCCCCCGGUUUCGCAUGGGUGGCAGUAGCUGGUCCUGUCGCUGAUCCGGCCAAGAACUGGGGCACCGUGAACAAGAAGCGAGCCAGAGGCGCGGGGACUGCGCAGACAGAUGUGCAGAAGGAAGCAUUGAACGCGAAGCAGCAGCGACAGGUGGAGAAGAAGAUACGAGAACUGAACGCCGACACGGUCCGGGAUGUGCAAAUACCGAUACCGAAAGAUGGAAAAGGGGGAGGUGGUGGUGGUGGUGGUGCAUUCCGAUUAGGAAAGACACCCAAGACGAAGAAGAUUUUGGGAAGUGGAAAGACGUUCGCUCAUUAUUUGGAGGACGAAGAGGCGGAAAUUGCGUUGAAAGGGAGAAGAGACUUGGAUAACCCUCCAGGCCCGAAACCGGAUUCUCAACGUGCGAGUAAGACUCCCCUUGCGAGACGGAAGCCUCCGAUGCUGGUGAAGGAAGAGAGUAGUAUGAGUAACAGUCCUGCUCCGAAUGCACCACCCAUUCCUUCGAUCGUCGCACCGCCAAUGCCGAUGGAUCUGGAUGAGCAUGACGGUGAAAAUGACUCGGCUAUGGAUCCUCUUCCCACACAAGCUGAAAUGGAAGCUCUGUUGAAUGCCCCGCCUCUGACUUACAAUCAAGCACGCUCGGCGCCUCCACCAGCGAGCGCUCCUCCUCCCCGCCAGUUCUGCGAAACGUGUGGGUACUGGGGAAGAGUCAAGUGUAUGAAGUGUGGCAAUAUGACUUGUAGCGUGGUCUGCAAGGAUACCCAUGAUGAGCACAAGUGCCUCAAGUUCUAUGCAUAGGAUGCUAGAUCGGCGAGGCGCGUGCACUAAUUGAAUUGAUCAUUGAGAGGACACUGGGACCGGAAUGAACGGGCAGUUUGUGCAUUUGAGAUACCCAUCGCGAGUUCGUACUUAAGAAGAACAGACUCCAUGUUAGGACACGUCUGCGAACUACUUCGAUUCUUACAAGGACUGUUUGGGAUUGCUGGCGAUUUCUAUGCAUAUCUUCCUGGCCACAAAGGAUGACACAUGGAGUCGUCGAGGUGCUGCGCUGCUCACAGAAGCACUUGCCCUAGCCUGGUUCGGACAAAGAUAGCGUCGUGUCGUCAGACUGCUUCCUCUCCCCCUUGCAUGGCAUGUUUAGUGAGCUUCUCACGCGCCCAUUGCUCGCAAGGAUGCCGAUGACUUGCUCGUUGGUGUGCCUGGAACUUAUACUAGAUUCUAAGUCCAAACUCUGCCUUCCAAUUUCUUGCCGCGGUGGAAUAGCAGGAUUCGCCAUCUUCGUGUUGGUGGUACCAGCAUGGAUUCUUGGCUAAGCCGCUACCGCCGUUGUCAGGCUUUAGCAGUUUCAACGCCAGGCUUUUCAGAAAGUCAUUCGGCAAUAUAUCGUCGCAUAUCUGCUCGAGGAAGUCCUCGUGACGCCUGAAAACGUCGAGCAUGAUAUUUCGGAAACCAGAGCAUUCCGGGGUCGCAUCGUAGACGGUCUGGAUCGGAAGUGCGUGGCACAAGAGCUGAUUUGCAACCUUUUCUCCUCCUUCCUCCGCUGUUGCCGCAAAGAAUACCAUCGUAUCCAUUACGGAAUGUUUAAACGCACUAUCCAUGAGCUGCUGGCCAAGAGCCGCUGCCUCUGCCAGUAUUUCCCAGUCGGCUUGGUCUGGGACGCUGGUUUCAUUCUUCACAGCUCCAGCGCCUGCAUGAGCUACUCUGUUCAGGUCUCUCCCUUUGUGCACAACUUUACCAGAGUACGCCCAAUUAGCGUAGAGCAUGAAUGCAUGCUGGGAGACGUGAGGGAGAUCAACAGUCGCUUCGCCUUUGGACCAUACCCGCCUCGCUUUGGCUUUGAAGAAUUCGGAACUCGCGCAGAGGACGCUUUUAUGCACAUAGAUCUUCGUUGCAUUGGGACCUUGAUCGACAUUGACGGGAAUGAUGGAAUCGUCCGUGGUGAUGAAGUGCGCAUGCUCCCCUCUGGGCAGGGUUGGCGCUGGCUGCGCUCGAAGUCCUACGUCAGCACGUCUCUGCGACAUGUGCACUCCGCGCAAUCUUGUCUGCCUCCGAAAGCUCGCCGCGCCGUUGUGCUCAGACGGCAGUGCAAGAUUGGCCAUCUUACUUACUGACGACCUGCACCUCAUCUCUUCGUCAAGAUUGUCUUCCGUAGGUAGAUGCUGACUUGUACCCUUGAUCUGACUCGAGAAGUGACGGAUGUCUGUUGAGCUGUGCUGAUGUCGGAAACUCCAAAGUUGGUGGGAGGGACGAAGCGAGAGCAACAUAUGAGAUAUAUAUCUGGACUCCGGAGCGGCACGGGUCACUUCAUCGGAACAACCACAGAAUGGAAGCAGUGCGAACCAUGGAACCCACUGGCGAUGACUCCCAUGAGAGAUUUGUUCAGUCCUCUGGAACGAGACAUGCCUACGAAUCAGAAGACCAAC